AUUGAGCCUAAUCAUCAGAUUCUGGUUAAUUAUAGAGUUGUAUUAAAUCAGAAUCAUUUACAUUUUAUAUUAUUUAUAUAUAAGAAAUCUCAGAUAACUGACGAAGCAGUGAUUUUCAAGUCCUAACCGUUACUAUGCUUUCCGCUUAUGAUAACAGGUGCCACUUCUGGAAUUCUUGGCCGGAGGUUGUCAAGGAAUUAUGCAGUAGGCCCAAUUAAUAGACCACGGUAUACACCAUGUCUCGGUCGAAAAGAGAGGACUUUUGGGCACAGAUUCACCAUAUCCUUCUGGAUUUGAGUACGAAGCUUGGAGACAUGCCCCGCGAUAUGGAGAGCCUUGAGGCCGACUACCUCUUUUUUUGCAACAUACCUGCAAAUGAAUCCGACGAGAAAAACACGCGUGUAAACGGUAAGUUUUGAUCGGUUAUCUACG